UCCGAUUGACUUCCUCACACUUGCUCACUCCACCAACCCGUUGGCUUUGGGAGGUGGUUGUCUUUUCAUUCGCUGCCACCUAUCCCGGUUUAUUCGCUGACUAGCGCAGGCCGAGCAGGAUCGCCACUUGUGCGUCAUGUCGUUCCUACUUCGCUCCUGGCGUGCAUCGCAACGCACGGGGCUACUCUCCCGUCGUGCGCCUAUUCACGGACUGCGGACCGCGCGCCAAGCGGAUGGCCAGCAAUAUCUACUCGCAGCGAGAUCGCUGACAUCGACGAUCACGAUCGACACUCUGCAGCGCCAGCCAGAGCUGGACAGUUUUCGGAAAUUCAUUGAGGAAUACCGUGAUGUGUGCGAACCGAAAGAGAUCUACAUUUGCGACGGCAGCGAAGAGGAACUGAGAAGUCUCACACAACACAUGAUCGACACUGGUGUAAUCAGAGAGCUCAAACACCCAUCCUAUGAGAACUGCUAUCUUGCUCGAUCGGACCCGGCAGAUGUUGCCCGCGUGGAAACCAAGACAUACGUCUGUACACCGGAGGAGGAGGAUAUCAUUGCGGAGGGUGCUCGGCGACUGCAGCAGGGCCAGCGCGAAGGCCCGAACUGGAUGCCCGAGAGCAAGAUGGACAUGAAAAUGAGAUCUCGCCUGGAGAAGUCCAUGAAAAAUCGUCGCAUGUACGUGAUCCCGUUCAGCAUGGGCAAGGUGGGAUCACCGCUAGCCAAAGCUGGUGUGCAGCUGACUGACUCGCCAUACGUGGUGGCCAGCAUGCGCAUCAUGACGCACGGCAUGGGCCAGGAGACCAUCAAGUCGCUGCUGGAGAAGAAGGACGACUUUGUGCGCUGCGUGCACAGUGUGGGUCGCCCGAUGGACCAGGUGGACUACAACAGCCUGCUGCCGUCGUGGCCGUGCGAUCCCAAGCGCGUACUCAUCGCUCACUACCCGCGCCGUCGCAAGAUAGUCUCCUACGGCAGCGGGUACGGCGGCAACUCUCUGCUGGGCAAGAAGUGCUUUGCGCUGCGCCUGGCCUCCGCCAUGGGCCACAAUGACGAGAAGAACCCGUGGUACGCGGAGCACAUGCUGAUCAUGCGUCUGGAGAAGGGAGACAAACACAAGUACAUAGCGGCUGCAUUCCCCAGCGCGUGCGGCAAGACCAACCUAGCCAUGAUGCAGCCGUCCUUGGAUGGCUGGGACAUCAAGUGCGUCGGCGACGACAUUGCGUGGAUGCGCUUCGACGAGGAGGGUAACCUGCGUGCCAUCAACCCUGAGAACGGCUUCUUUGGUGUCGCUCCCGGCACCAGUGCCAAGACGAAUCCAGUAGCCAUGAAGAUGAUCCACAAGAACACCAUCUUCACCAACGUGGCCUAUACCGAGGAGGGCGAGGUGUUCUGGGAGAACAUGGGCGCGCACCCUGACUUCUCCAAGGUCAAGGUGAUCACGUGGCGUGGCGUGCCGCACUGGAGGCCCAACAUGGUCAACAUCGACGGCAUCCCGAUCACGGCCUCGCAUCCCAACUCUCGCUUCUGCACGCCGAUCAACCAUUGCUCCAUCCUGGACAAGGAGGGCGCCGCGGACCCGAAGGGCGUCAAGAUCGACGCCAUCGUUUUCGGCGGUCGUCGCGCUGACACCGUACCGCUGGUGUUCCAGUCGCGUAACUGGAAGCAUGGCGUGUUGAUGGGAGCGUCGAUGAGGUCCGGCGCAACCGCCGCUGCCACCGACGUCAAGUCCAGCAUACGCUCCGACCCGUUUGCCAUGCUGCCAUUCUUCGGCUACAACGUCGGCAACUACUUCCAGCACUGGUUGAACAUGGAGAAGCCAAACCACAAUCUUCCCAAGAUCUUUCAAGUCAACUGGUUCCAGAAGGACGAGCGCGGUCAGUUCAUGUGGCCAGGUUUCGGCGAGAACAUUCGCGUGCUCGACUGGAUUUUCCGCCGCUGUGACGAACAGCCGGCGGAGAGUGGUAUAGCCCGCGAGACGCCCAUAGGCUUUGUACCCAGCCAGAACGCUAUUGACACAGACGGCUUGAAGGACGACGUGCCAAUGGAUCGCCUGCUGGAUGUCAACAAGCAUCUGUGGACGGAGGAGCUGAAGGCCGUCAAGCAGUACCUCGAGAAACAAAAUGGAAAUGAUCUGCCCCAAGAGCUACGCAGUCAGCUGCGUGAGCUGGAGGACAGGCUCGCAGCCAGCCGCAGCUAAGCCGAGUGCACAGUUUUUGUAUUGGUGGCGUUCACUGCGCUGUACAUAGCUUUGUGCAGCCUAGCUGGUGUGUAUAUUUGUAAAGCAACACGCUAUCCCUGCACAACAUCGGCUCCGUCUUGCUAGCUUGCCAGCAAAGGGACGGACGUGCAGUUCUCUUCACGGCUCACUCCUGUUUCCGUUUACUCGUACAGCACAUCGCACUAGAGGCGCAGUAGGUGUAAGUACGGUCUCUUGUUGCUUAGUACUCAUCUCCAUAUGUCUUGCAUGCCAAGCCACAGUUUGGGUCAUUCUGCUUGUGGCUCUGAUUCGUUUUUUUCUUCGUGUGAGAAGAUAAUAAGGGCUUGCUCUCCUGUACUGAGUACGGAAAGCAACUAGAACAAAUUGCGUCUAAAUGUCAUUGUCAAUAUUCUUUUCGAAUUGAUGCCGAUUUGUUUUUGUUUUUCUUGUGUACGUAGUAUCAAUAUCCAGAGCUGGUCAUUCUUCUCCAGUUGUGUGUGUGUGUGGUGCUCUCAUUGCCAGCUUCAUGCCAAUAGGGUUGUCUCUCUCUCUCUCUUCUUCUCUCUGUCCUCAUUCUCUCAGGCUCUUUGCGCCGGUAGUCGAUUACUAUUUUUCUCUUUGAAACAAAAUUUGUCUGAUCUCUCAGUCAGUAUACCAAACCAGUAAUAGUUACUUUGCUGAAGUUCGGCAAUUAGGUAUAUGUAGCUUAUUUUUGCCGUUUUGUUCAGUUCUAAACAAAGUCAAAAAUUAUAAUAUCGUCGCGGAGCAUCGUGCACGAACUAUGACCUGAUCUUCUUUACUUAUUAUCACGAACGAUACCGUCAGCCCAUGCAUCUAGUUCAAUGAGUAUGUUGUGAAGCAAUAACUAACUUGGUUCUCAA